GUGCUAUAUUCUGAAAUGUUCACUGUAUACGUUUGGCACUUUUUUUUAGGGGAAAUUGGUAGUAAUAGAAGCAGAACUAGGGUUUCUGAAAACCCUCUUCAAUUUAACUCUCAAAUCCAAGCUACCAACAAAAUCUUUAAUCUUUGAUCAAUGGAGUCUGAGACAAAGCAGAAGAACAAUCAAGAAGAUACAGUUGCACCCUCUUCAGUUUUGACUUAUCUUGAUCCUCAUUACUGGAACGAUAGAUUUGCUAAGGAAGAACAUUAUGAAUGGCUCAAAGACUAUUCCCAUUUUCGGCACCUCAUUUUGGAGCACAUUCAGCCUAAUUCCUCGGUUUUGGAAUUGGGUUGUGGAAAUUCCCAAUUAAGUGAUGAAAUGUAUAAGAAUGGGAUUAAGGAUAUCACUUGCACUGAUUUAUCCCCAAUUGCUGUUGAGAAAGUGCAGAAGAGGUUAUUGUUCAAGGAAUUCAAAGAAAUUAAAGCCAUGGUUGCUGACAUGCUAGACUUGCGUUUCGCGGAUGAUUCUUUUGAUGUGGUUAUUGAGAAAGGAACAAUGGAUGUAUUGUUCGUGGACAGUGGUGAUCCGUGGAACCCAAAACCUGAAACCGUAAGCAAUGUAAUGGCAAUGCUUCAAGGCAUCCAUCGGGUUUUGAAGCCAGAUGGUAUCUACAUAUCAAUUUCUUUUGGGCAGCCACACUUCAGGCGUCCGUUAUUUGAAGCUCCUAAUUUUACAUGGUCUAUGAAAUGGAGUACCUUUGGUGAUGGAUUCCAUUAUUUCUUCUACACUCUAAAGAAGGGGACAAGAACAUUGAACAGUCCUCAACCGAGUGAAAAGAUAACCUUUCCAUCAAUCUGUUUGUAUCAAGAUGAAUUGGAAGGUGAAGACUACUUAUUCAGGACCAAUAUUGAUGACAUUGAUGACAAUUGAGGUGAUUAACUGGGCGGAAGCGGUGUGGUGACAAUGUUUUUGCUAUCUUCAUCUCUUGUUAACCUUUCAAAUGAUGAUCAUGAGUUAAUGUUCUGUUUUUAAUCAUUUUCUGCUCAAAUGAUUGGGCAGGUUUUACUAUCCAAUCGCGUGAUUCGUAUGAUUGGGUUGGACAUACCAAAUGGGCAAACCCCAAUUAAGCCUAUGAAAAAUACAAGUAAUUUUCUUACCCA